AUGUCGAACGCCAUCGUCAACGGGAUGGCCGGCGCCGGCGGAGGUAUCGUUGCCCAGAUAAUCACUUACCCUCUCCAAACGGUGAAUACGCGUCAGCAGACGGAAAGAGUUGCUAAGAAGAACUCAGUUCCACCAUCUGUCUCUCGGCCGGAUAGGAGUACCCUUUUUCACAUUUUUCAGGUCAUUAGAAGUGAAGGCUUAGGAGGACUUUACAGCGGCCUCAAGCCUUCUCUGCUUGGCACUGCUGCUUCCCAGGGGAUCUAUUAUUCUUUUUACCAAGCUUUCAAGAACAAGGCUGAGGCUAUUGCGAUUGCAAACAAAAGGAAAGGAAAAGGGGAUGGUUUGCCUGGAAUUCUUUCUUGGCUUAUAGUGGCUGCUCUUGCUGGGUCACUAAAUGUACUGUUCACCAAUCCUAUAUGGGUACUCGUGACUCGUAUGCAGACCCAGACUCAAGCGGAGAGAAAAAUUAUGGAGGCGAAAAGGGAAGCUCUGCUGAAGGAAGCUUCAGCGAAUGUUUUGUCACAAUCUUCUUUAUCAAGCCAGUUGGCCAAACUUGAUUCAAUGAAGCCUUGUCCUUAUGGGACAUAUCAAGCGGCAUGCGAGGUUUAUAAUGAAUCUGGAAUUGCUGGAUUCUGGAAAGGUAUCAUUCCAACACUAAUAAUGGUGUGCAAUCCAUCAAUUCAAUUCAUGAUUUAUGAGAGUUUAUUAAAACGUUUGAGAACCAAAAAAAUUGCCAACAAACGAGGUUCGACGAACAUAUCAGCUAUGGAGGUUUUCUUGGUUGGGGCUGUGGCAAAACUUGGAGCAACUGUUUGUACAUACCCUCUGUUGGUUGUUAAGUCAAGACUACAAGCAAAGCAGGAAAUUGGUGGAAAUAUGUCGCUAAGAUAUUCAG